UGUUAGAGAAUCUCCGCCGGGCCCAGGGCGUCACGUGAGCGCCAGUCUUGUGACUGGCCUGAGCGCAAAGGGGCUCGAGCACGUUGCCUCUGCCUUGCGGGGCGUGUGCGGGGUGGGGAUUUUUUUUGGCAAGCUCCGGUUAUUAUUUUAUUUUAUUUUAUUUUGCAAGCUCUCCAGCUCCAGCGCUGCUCCCCGGGCGCCUCCUGCCUUUCCUCCCGUUGCAAAAGCCGGGUGCAAAAAGUUGGCUCAGCAACGCUUGCUGAUUCUCCGGCUUGGGGGGUGGGGGGCGCGGCUCGCCCUGCCUGAGCAAUGGACAAUAAGCCCCUCUUGCAAGACAGACCCCCCGCCUACAGCCCGGCCGCCCAGGGAGGCGGCUACGAGUAUGGGCAGCAGGGGGGCUACGGGACCAUCCCUUCAGUCCAGCCGGGCUUUCAGCCGCCGCCCUACACGUACCCCACGGGGUCCGCCGCAGCCUACGCUGUUCCUCCUGCUGCUUCUCCGCAUGCCUACCCCAACACCACCUACACGAUAAUCCUACAACCUACAACCACUACCUCGGUUGUAGUAGUAGGCGGCUGCCCAGCAUGGCAGAGUCGGAGUCCUGGAAGACACUUUCACCUGUCUCGGCGUCUUCUGCGCGAUCGCCUUUUUCCCUAUCGGAAUUCUUUUCUGCCUCGCGUUGAGGCAACGGAGAUGCCCCAACUGCGGGGCGACGUUUGGUUAAGGGCUCCGUCGAUGACACAGACGCAUAGAGGCUUUUGGGGAGCCGUAACUGUAUGUAGAACCUUUUCUCCCUCCCGCCCCCCCCCCCAAUGUAAAUGCCAUGUACAAUCACGUUGAUGCUUCAGAGCUGAUUUUGUAUAAGUGUGACGAAGUGAAAUCUUUUGCAUGAGAAAGCUGUUCCAGGGGCAUGUCUAAUGCAGGGCGCAUAAUCCUUACCCGGCUUCUUGUUUAAAUGCACCUUUUGAAAAAAUUUAAAUAAAAAUGGCUCUUUUUUUGCAUCUUCA